UUAGUCUCUAUUAAUUACACACGCGGGGUCCUCUUAUUCUCUCUUUCUCUCCCUCAUUGGAAAGUGUCAGGCCGCAAUCCAAUUGCACAAGGGAAGCGGGAAACCAUAUGGAUAGAGUGUUUUCCGUGGAGGACAUUUCUGAACAGUUUUGGUCGCCUCCGGUACCCGCCGUAAAGGAUGAAUACUCCUCUGGAAUGAAUCGCAGUGCUUCCGAGUGGGCUUUCCAACGAUUUCUCCAGGAAGCUUCUGCAGCUUCCGACGCUUCUCACCCUUUUGCUUCAUCCAAUCCUGACAAAAACGAAGACCGUGGACAUAAAAUCGAGGGAAAGCACAAACCCAAACAGGACCUCACCGCGCCAUCCAUUCCCAAGAAUGCUGGUGUCUUCUCCAAUGCACCUUCUCCAAGCAUUCCUGCUGAUUCCGAGCAUUACCAAGCUAUUCUCAAGAGCAAACUCAAUCUCGCUUGUGCAGCCGUCGCCUUGACUCGGGGUUCUUUAGCCAAAUCCCAAGAUCCAGCCACUUUACCUAAUGGCGUAUCUAAGGCUAACAAAACUCCUCAAGACGGAUCUCCUGCUACAUUAGAAGGACAUGGUCCAUCUAACAUACAUGAUAAAGAUGCGAAAGGACCAGUUGGAAUUCCUUCAUUACCUGCCGUUCAAAAGAAAUUGGCAGUUGCAACCAAGCCAACAACCAGUGGAUCAUCGAGGGAUCAGUCUGAUGAUGAGGAAGCUGAAGGAGAGAUUGAUAUGACUGAAAAUAUGGAUCCUGCAGAUGCAAAACGAGUAAGGAGGAUGCUUUCCAAUAGAGAGUCAGCCAGACGCUCGAGAAGAAGAAAGCAGGCUCAUUUAACAGAGCUUGAAACACAGGUUGCUCAAUUAAAAGCAGAAAAUUCAUCAUUGUUAAAUCGUCUUGCUGAUGUCAGCCAGAAGUACAAUGAAGCUGCUGUUGACAACAGAGUCUUAAAAGCUGACGUCGAAACAUUAAGAGCAAAGGUGAAGAUGGCCGAAGAGACUGUCAAAAGAAUAACUGGGUUAAACCCAAUGUUCAAUGCCAUGUCUGAGAUAUCAUCGAUGGGCAUGCCAUUAUUUGAUGGUAGCGCCUCUGACGCAUCAGAUGCAGCUGUACCUGUGCAAGAUGACCCAAAUCAUAACUUCUAUCAACGCACUUCGAUCAAUUCUUUGUCUGGGCCUGAUAUAAAGGUCAACAAUGGACUGAUAGAUAUAUCUUCCAUAGAAAAUGUGCAGCAGAACCCCACGGCAAUGGGAAAUGGAAACAAGAAGGGGCGAACAGCUUCCCUGCAGCGGGUGGCUAGCUUGGAACAUCUUCAGAAGCGUAUCCGUGGUGAUGCAGAUUCUUGUAGUCCGCCCAGCAAUGGGGAGCAGUAAUAGCAAAGACAGCCAUGAAAACAAGGAUGGCUAAAGAAAUUCUGAAACAUUUAUUUUCGUUGUAAAUGCUGGCCUAUUCAUCUUGACUAUAUCGUAAAUCCAUUUGUUGUGCUCAAUAAACUUGUAAAUUAUGGCCUAUUCAUCUAAACUUGUAGCCUACCAAACUCUAAAGCGGCCUACGGAACUUGUCAAUUGGUUAUCUUGGUUGCUAUAUCUUAGCCUCGCAUAUUUAAACGGAAUAAACAGUAUCCCACAAUUUCAAAUUUUAUGAA